AUGCGCGGCUUCAUCUUGGCUAUAGCCGUCUCUUUGAUGGCCCAGGUGUCAUUAUCAGCUCCCUAUGGUGGAAAUAGUAGUGGCAUCCCUAAACCAUCCGAAUUCAAGAAGUUGGAGAGACAGUACCAAGCCAACAUAAGAGCCUCUUUGGGCCUCCAUGGAUGUACAAAGAAAACCAUUCGCAUUCGCAAAUCUUGGGACGACCUUGACAUUGCGACAAGAACUGACUACGUCAGAGCUGUCAAGUGUCUAGCCUCAAAACCAGCCAUCGUCGAUAAAAGUUUAGCUCCUGGCGCCGUUAACCGCUUGGACGAUUUUGUAUAUAUACAUGAUAACCAGACGAACCGAAUACACAUUUCUGGCCCAUUUCUACCAUGGCAUCGGAUUUACGUAUGGCAAAUGGAAGAAGCAUUGAGAAAUGAAUGUGGAUAUAAGGGGACAAUUCCUUACUGGGAUCAAGCCCGCUUCUCCCAAGAUCCUUUAAAAUCGAAAGUAUUCGAUAACUCCUCAUUUGGAGGCAACGGAGAGUACCUUCCCAAUGAUCAUGGACCAUACGAUAUCCUCAUUCCCGGGCUCGCUAUCAAUUUCACUACAACAUACCCCGCCGGUACGGGUGGUGGUUGUGUCAAAGACGGGCCAUUUGCAAACUUUCAAGUCAGUUUGGGCCCUACAGUUCAAAGAGCAGGCGAUAAGUUCGGGUUCCAAUCAAACCCGCGCUGUUUAAAGCGAAAUUUCAAUUUCGAAGCCAGUACAGAAUCCCUUACUUGGGAUAACGCGAUCAAGAUUCUAGAGGAGCCUGACAUCGCGUCGUUCUAUUGGAGUCUUGAGAACCUAUGGCACGUUAAGUCGCACCAAUUUCUUGGCAAGGACGGCCUUGAUUUAUUUACCUCGCCAAACGACCCAAUAUUCUACUUGCUACACUCCCAAAUUGAUCGAUUGUGGGCGAUAUGGCAGGGUCAGGACUUAGAGGAGCGAACUUUUGCUAUCACUGGCAAUCGCACAUUCUUCGGCAUUCCGCUCGACACUGCGCCGAAUGUCCCGCCUUCUAACGCUACCAUCGAGGACGUUAUGGAUUUGGGGUAUGGGUUUAGGCCCAAGGUUAAGGAAGGUAUGCCUAUGACUUCUGGUGGGAGAUGUUAUAUGUAUGAAUGA